ACCGGCCAUAGCCCAUCCGGUCCCUGGCGAAAGGGGUCUUGUUCGUCGUUCCUGUUCGUUUCUGAAACCCUAAUUUGGCAUCGCAAUCGAUCAUGGCGACGAUUAGCCUUCGCAAGGCAAACACCCGUCUCCCGCCGGAAGUGAACCGGGUGCUGUACGUGCGCAACCUCCCUUUCAACAUCUCCAGCGAGGAGAUGUACGACAUCUUCGGCAAGUACGGCGCCAUCCGGCAGAUCCGCAUCGGCACUAACAAGGACACCCGGGGGACCGCCUUCGUCGUAUACGAGGACAUCUACGACGCCAAGACUGCCGUCGACCACCUCUCCGGCUUCAACGUCGCCAAUCGCUACCUCAUCGUCCUCUACUACCAGCAAGCCAAGAUGGCCAAGAAGUCCGACUCGAAGAAGAAGGAAGAGGAGAUCACGCGUCUUCAGGAGAAGUACGGCAUCUCCACUUCCAAAGAUAAGUAAUAAUUCACAAAGGCGCAAGCUUUAUCCGAUUAGGGUUGUUGAAUUGGGGAUUUCUUGAUAAGUAACUGAUUUGUAUGUUAUGUCCGUUGUGAGCUGAAACCUUUAUGCCAAAUAUGUACGGCCUAAUUGCCUUCUACUUGAAAAAUCAGACAUUGAGCUCUUGUAUAUGGUUGUUUUGAGAUAACUAUGUUUGUUUUGGUUUUGCA